AUGGCUCUGAGCCAACACCUCUCACUCCGGAGACUCUGUGUCCUCCUCCUCGGCACCGUGGUGGGUGGUCAAGAUCUGGAGCUGAGGCUGAAGGAUGGAGGUCACCGCUGUGAGGGGAGGGAAGUGAAACACCAAGGAGAAUGGGGCACAGUGUGUGAUUUCAAGUGGAGCUUAGAAGAGGCAGCUGUGCUGUGCAGACAGCUGGGGUGUGGAGCUGCUGUUGAUGCUCCCCAAGGAGCUUACUUUGGACCAGCAGUUGGCCCCAUUUGGCUUGAAUAUAUUCACUGCAGUGGGACACAGUCAGCUAUCAUGGAGUGUGCUUAUCCUACUGUUAAAGACUAUCAUCCUGAGGGCUUUUCCCAUGAUCAGGAUGCUGGAACAGUCUGCUCAGGAUUUAUGCGUCUGACUGAUGGAGAUGGACCCUGCUCAGGGCGAGUAGAAGAUCCAGAUCACUCUGGAGAAGACUGGACCCCAGUGUCUGACGGAAACGUCACACUCCCCACUGCCCAGGUCAUCUGUGCAGAGCUGGGAUGUGGCAAGGUUGUGUCUGUCCUGGGACACGUGCCCUUCAGAGAGUCAGAUGGCCGGGUCUGGGCUGAAGAGUUCAGGUGUAAAGGGGAGGAGCCUGAGCUCUGGUUCUGCCCCAGAGUGCCCUGUCCAGGGGGCACUUGUCAACACAGUGGAGCUGCUCAGGUUGUCUGUUCAGUGUACACAGAAGUCCGACUCAUGACAAACAGCUCCUCUCAGUGUGAAGGGCAGGUACAGAUGAAAAUUUCUGGACGAUGGAGAGCACUCUGUGCCUCCCACUGGAGUCUGGCCAAUGCCAAUGUUGUCUGUCGUCAGCUCGGCUGUGGAAUUGCCAUCUCCACCCCCAGAGAACCACACUAUAUGGAAGGAGGUGAUCAGAUCUCAACAGUCUGAUUUCACUGCUUGGGGGCUGAGUCCUUCCUAUGGAGUUGUCCUGUGACUGCCCUGGGUGGUCCUGACUGUUCCCAUGGCAACAUGGCCUCUGUGAUCUGCUCAGGAAACCAGACCCAGGUGCUGCUCCAGUGCAAUGACUCCGUGUCUGAACCAGCAGGCCCUACGUCCUCAGAGGAGAGCGCCCCCUACUGCUCAGACAGCAGACAGCUCCGCCUGGUGGACGGGGGCGGUCCCUGCGCCGGGAGAGUGGAGAUCCUUGACCAGGGCUCCUGGGGCACCAUCUGUGAUGACGACGGCUGGGACCUGGACGAUGCCCGCGUGGUGUGCAGGCAGCUGGGCUGUGGAGGAGCCCUCAAUGCCACGGGGUCUGCUCACUUCGGGGCGGGAUCAGGGCCCAUCUGGCUGGACGACCUGAACUGCACAGGAAAUGAGUCCCACGUGUGGAGGUGCCCUUCCCGGGGCUGGGGGCGGCACGCCUGCAGACACAAGGAGGACGCGGGGGUCAUCAGCUCAGAGUUUCUGGCCCUCAGAAUGGUGACUGAGGACCACCAGUGUGCUGGGUGGCUGGAAGUUUUCUACAAUGGAACCUGGGGCAGUGUCUGCCGAAGCCACAUGGACAAUGUCACUGUGUCCAUGAUCUGCAGACAGCUUGGCUGUGGGGACAGUGGAAAUUUCAACUCUUCUGUUUCUUUUAGAGAAGGUUCUAGAUCCAGGUGGGUAGAUGGAAUCCGGUGUCGGAACAUGGAUACCUCUCUCUGGCAGUGUCCUUCUGACCCUUGGAUUUACAGUUCAUGCUCUCCAAAGGAGGAAGCCUACAUCUCAUGUGCAGGCAGCAAACAGCUCCGCCUGGUGGACGGGGGCGGUCCCUGCGCGGGGAGAGUGGAGAUCCUUAACCAGGGCUUCUGGGGCACCAUCUGUGAUGACGGCUGGGACCUGGACGAUGCCCGCGUGGUGUGCAGGCAGCUGGGCUGUGGAGGAGCCCUCGAUGCCUUGCAAUUUGCUCAAUUAGGUCAAGGAUCAGGGCCCAUCUGGCUGGAUGAACUGAACUGCUGAAGAAAGGAGUCCCACGUGUGGAGGUGCCCUUCCCGGGGCUGGGGGCGGCACGACUGUGAGCAUGCAGAGGAUGCUGGGGUCCUCUGCUCAGGAUUUGUGCGUCUGGCUGGAGGAGAAGGACCCUGCUCAGGGCGAGUAGAAGUGCAUUCUGGAGAAGACUGGACCCCAGUGUCUGAUGGGAAGUUCACACUCCCCACUGCCCAGGUCAUCUGUGCAGAGCUGGGGUGUGGCAAGGCUGUGUCUGUCCUGCGACAUGAGCUCUUCAGAGAGUCUGAUGGCCGGGUCUGGGCUGAAGAGUUCAGGUGUGAGGGGGAGGAGCCUGAGCUCCAGGUCUGCCCCAGAGUGCCCUGUCCAGGGGGCAGGUGUCACCACAGUGGAGCUGCUCAGGUUGUCUGUUCAGUGUAUGCAGAAGUCCGGCUCAUGACAAACAGCUCCUCUCAGUGUGAGGGGCAGGUGGAGAUGAAUAUUUCUGGACAAUGGAGAGCACUCUGUGCCUCUCACUGGAGUCUGGCCAACGCCAAUGUUGUCUGUCAUCAGCUUGGCUCUGGAGUUGCCAUCUCCAGCCCUAGAGCACCACACUUUGGAGAAGGAUGUGAUCAAAUCUCAACAGUCCGAUUUCACUGCUCAGGGGCUGAGUCCUUCUUAGGGACGUGCCCUGUGACUGCCCUGGGUGGUCUUGACUGUUCCCAUGGCAACACAGCCUAUGUGAUCUGCUCAGGAAACCAGACCCAGGUGCUGCCGAAGUGCAACGACUCGGUGUCUGAACCAGCAGACUCUGCAGCCUCAGAGGAGAGCGCCCUCUACUGCUCAGACAGCAGACAGCUCCGCCUGGUGGACGGGGGCGGUCCCUGCGCCGGGAGAGUGGAGAUCCUUGACGAGGGCUCCUGGGGCACCAUCUGUGAUGACGGCUGGGACCUGGACGAUGCCCGCGUGGUGUGCAGGCAGCUGGGCUGUGGAGACGCGCUCAAUGCCACGGGGUUUGCUGACUUCGGGGCGGGAUCAGGGCCCAUCUGGCUGGACGACCUGAACUGCACAGGAAAUGAGUCUCACGUGUGGAGGUGCCCUUCCCGAGGCUGGGGGAGUCACGACUGCAGACAUAAGGAGGACGCGGGGGUCAUCUGCUCAGAGUUCCUGGCCCUCAGGAUGGUGAGCAAGGACGAGCAGUGUGCUGGGUGGCUGGAAGUUUUCUACAGCGGGACCUGGGGCAGUGUCUGCCUCAGCCACAUGGAAGACAUCACCGUGUCCAUGAUCUGCAGACAGCUUGGCUGUGGGGACAGCGGAAGUCUCAACUCUUCUGUUGCUCUUAGGGAAGGUUCUAGACCCCGCUGGGUAGAUGGAAUCAAGUGCUGGAGAGCUGAUACCUCUCUCUGGCAGUGUCCUUCUGACUUGUGGAAUUACAACUCCUGCUCUCCCAAGGAGGAAGCCUAUGUCUCUUGUGCAGAAAAAACACCCAAGAGCUGUCCAGCUGCUGCCCCCUGCACAGACAGAGAGAAGCUCCGCCUCAGGGGAGGAGACAGCGAGUGCUCAGGGCAGGUGGAGGUCUGGCACAGCGGCUCUUGGGGCACCGUGUGCGAUGACUCCUGGAGCCUGGCAGAGGCCGAGGUGGUGUGUCAGCAGCUGGGUUGUGGCCCGGCCCUGGAAGCCGUGCGGGCCGCGGUGUUUGGCCCUGGAAGCGGGAGCAUCUGGCUGGACGAGGUGCGGUGCGGGGGCCGGGAGUCCUCCCUGUGGGACUGUGCUGCGGAUCCCUGGGGGCAGAGCGACUGCAAGCACGAGGAGGAUGCUGGUGUGAGGUGCUCUGGUGCAAGGACAUCAUUACCCCUGAAUACAGCAGGGACCAGACCAGCCUCGAAUCCUCCCCCAGGCAUCUUCUCCCUGCCUGGGGCCUUCUGCCUCAUCCUGGGGGCCCUUUUCUUCCUGGUCCUCGUCAUCCUGGUGACUCAGGUGCUCAGAUGGAGAGCAGAGCGCAGAGCCUUAUCUAGCUAUGAAGAUGCUCUUGCGUAUAAGGAGCUCGAUUACCUUGUGACUCAGAAGGAGGGUCUUCUGGGAGGCCCAGGCUUCCUGUCAGAUGGUGAGGACAGCCAUGACUCCAGAUCUGCUCCAGCCCCAGAUCAGAGGACUGAUGCCCCUGGUGAGGAUUAUGAUGAUGCUGAAGAGGUACCAGUGCCUGGGGCUCCUCCUGCCUCUCAGGGGAGCAAGGAGGAAGUGCUCCCAUAGAAAGAAGAUGGGAUAAGGCCUCAGACAGGCUCUUCUCUGAAUGUCUUUAGAGAGGAAGCUGAUCCUGGGGAAGGAGAAGAGAGCACCUGGCUGCUCCAGGGGGAGAAAAGGGACCCUGGAUAUGAUUUUAAACUCAGUGCCCCUGGAACUUCCAGAGUGACUUUCCUGGUAGAGAGAGCUGUCAAGUGGGAGUGGCCAAAUUGUAAAGGGCUGAAGAGAGAUGACGGUCUGGACCUCAGCCAGCUCAUGACCAAGCUCAUCACAUGCCCUUGUGAAGAAGUGGUUUUUGGUAAAGAAGCCUUUACCAACCUUGGUCCGAUCCGUACAAGGAACACAGAUGGACGUGAAGUCAGGAUGGCUCUGAGCCGACACCUCUCCCUCCAGAGACUCUGUGUCCUCCUCCUCGGCACCGUGGUGGGUGGUCAAGAUCUGGAGCUGAGGCUGAAGGAUGGAGCUCACCGCUGUGAGGGGAGAGUGGAAGUGAAGCACCAUGGAGAAUGGGGCACAGUGGAUGAUGACAACUGGAGGGUGAAGGAUGCAUCUGUAGUGUGCAGACAGCUGGGGUGUGGAGCUGCCAUUGGUUUUCCUGGAAGGGCUUAUUUUGGGCCAGGACUUGGCCCCAUUUGGCUUUUGUAUACUUCAUGUGAAGGGACAGAGUCAACUGUCAGUGACUGUAGGCAUUCUGAUAUUAAAGACUAUCGUAAUAAUAGCUAUUCCCAUGACCGGGAUGCUGGAGUAGUCUGCUCAGGAUUUGCACGUCUGGCUGGAGGGGAUGGACCCUGCUCAGGACAAGUAGAAGUGCAUUCUGGAGAAGCCUGGAUCCCAGUGUCUGAUGGGAACUUCACACUCCCCACUGCCCAGGUCAUCUGUGCAGAGCUGGGGUGUGGCAAAGCUGUGUCUGUCCCGGGACACGUGCCCCUCAGAGAGUCCGAUGGCCGGGUGUGGGCUGAAGAGUUCAGGUGUGAGGGGGAGGAGCCUGAGCUCCGGGUCUGCCCCAGAGUGCCCUGUCCAGGGGGCACGUGUCACCACAGUGGAGCUGCUCAGGUUGUCUGUUCAGCGUACUCAGAAGUCGGGCUCAGGACAAACGGCUCCUCUCAGUGUGAGGGGCAGGUGGAGAUGAACAUUUCUGGACGAUGGAGAGCGCUCUGUGCCUCCCACUGGAAUCUGGCCAAUGCCGAUGUUGUCUGUCGUCAGCUCGACUGUGGAGUUGCUGUCUCCACCCCCAGAGGACCACACUUUGUGGAAGAAGGGGAUCAUAUAUCCACAGUCCGAUUUCACUGCUCGGGGGAGGAGUCCUUCCUGUGGAGUUGUCCUGUGACUGUCCUGGGUGGGCCUGACUGUUCCCAUGGCAACACAGCUUCUGUGAUCUGCUCAGGAAACCAGACCCAGGUGCUUCCCCAGUGCAACAACAUCCUGUCUGAACCAGCAGACGCUGCGGCCUCAGAGGAGAGCGCCCCCUACUGCUCAGACAGCAGACAGCUCCGCCUGGUGGACGGGGGCGGUCCCUGCGCCGGGAGAGUGGAGAUCCUUGAGCAGGGCUCCUGGGGCACCAUCUGUGAUGAUGGCUGGGACCUGGACGAUGCCCACGUGGUGUGCAGGCAGCUGGGCUGUGGAGACGCCCUCAAUGCCACGGGGUCUGCCCACUUCGGGGCAGGGUCAGGGCCCAUCUGGCUGGACGACCUGAACUGCACAGGAAAGGAGUCCCACGUGUGGAGGUGCCCUUCCCGGGGCUGGGGGCAGCAUGACUGCAGACACAAGCAGGACGCGGGGGUCAUCUGCUCAGAGUUCCUGGCCCUCAGGUUGGUGAGUGAGGACCAGCAGUGUGCUGGGUGGCUGGAAGUUUUCUACAACGGGACCUGGGGCAGUGUCUGCCGCAAUCCCAUGGAGGACAUCACUGUGUCCAUGAUCUGCAGACAGCUUGGCUGUGGGGACAGUGGAACCCUCAACUCUUCUCUUGCUCUUAGAGAAGGUUCUAGACCCCAGUGGGUGGAUGGAAUCCGGUGUCAGAAAACUGACACCUCUCUCUGGCAGUGUCCUUCUGACCCUUGGAAUUACACUUCAUGUUCUCCAGAGGAGGAAGCCUACAUCUCGUGUGAAGGUGACUUACUGUUUCUGUGUCCCCUGGUGUCAUCACCCCAUCGUUCCAUUUCUCUCUGCUCAGACAGCAGACAGCUCCGCCUGGUGGACGGAGGCGGUCCCUGCGCCGGGAGAGUGGAGAUCCUUGACCAGGGCUCUUGGGGCACCAUCUGUGAUGACCGCUGGGACCUGGACGACGCCCGCGUGGUGUGCAGGCAGCUAGGCUGUGGAGAAGCCCUGGAUGCCACUGCCUUUUCUUACUUCGGGGCGGGAUCAGGGCCCAUCUGGCUGGAUGAAGUGAACUGCAGAGGAGAGGAGUCCCAAGUGUGGAGGUGCCCUUCCUGGGGAUGGCGGCAACACAACUGCAAUCAUCAGGAAGAUGCAGGAGUCAUCUGCUCAGGAUUUGUGCGUCUGGCUGGAGGGGAUGGACCCUGCUCAGGGCAAGUAGAAGUGCGUUCUGGAGAAGCCUGGACCCCAGUGUCUGAUGGGAACUUCACACUCCCCACUGCCCAGGUCAUCUGUGCAGAGCUGGGGUGUGGCAAGGCUGUGUCUGUCCUGGGACAUGUGCCCUUCAGAGAGUCAGAAGGCCGGGUCUGGGCUGAAGAGUUCAGGUGUGAGGGGGAGGAGCCUAAGCUCUGGUUCUGCCCCAGAGUGCCCUGUCCAGAUGGCACGUGCCACCACAGUGGAGCUGCUCAGGUUGUCUGUUCAGUGUACACAGAAGUCCGGCUUAUGAAAAACGGCACCUCUAGGUGUGAGGGACAGGUGGAGAUGAAUAUUUCUGGACAAUGGAGAGCUCUCUGUGCCUCCCACUGGAGUCUGGCCAAUGCCAAUGUUGUCUGUCAUCAGCUCGGCUGUGGCGUUGCCAUCUCCACCCCAAAUGGAGCAGAAGGAAGUGAUCAACUCUGGAAAGCCCGAUUUCACUGCUCAGGGGCUGAGUCCUUCCUGUGGAGUUGCCCUGUGACUGCCCUGGGUGUUCCUGACUGUUCCCAUGGCAACACAGCCUCUGUGAUCUGCUCAGGAAACCACACCCAGGUGCUGCCCCAGUGCAAUGACUCCCUGUCUGAACAAGCAGGGUCUGCAGCCUCAGAGGAGAGCGCCCCCUACUGCUCAGACAGCAGACAGCUCCGCCUGGUGGACGGGGGCGGUCCCUGCGCCGGGAGAGUGGAGAUCCUUGACCAGGGCUCCUGGGGCACCAUCUGUGAUGACGGCUGGGACCUGGACGAUGCCCGCGUGGUGUGCAGGCAGCUGGGCUGUGGAGAAGCCCUCAAUGCCACGGGGUCUGCUCACUUCGGGGCAGGGGCAGGGCCCAUCUGGCUGGACGACCUGAACUGCACAGGAAAGGAGUCCCACGUGUGGAGGUGCCCUUCCCGAGGCUGGGGGCGGCACCACUGCAGACACAAGGAGGACGCGGGGGUCAUCUGCUCAGAGUUCCUGGCCCUCAGGAUGGUGAGCGAGGAGCAGGAGUGUGCUGGGUGGCUGGAAGUUUUCUACAACGGGACCUGGGGCAGUGUCUGCCGCAGCCCCAUGGAUGAUGUCACCGUGUCCAUCAUCUGCAGUCAGCUUGGCUGUGGGGACAGUGGAAGUCUCUACACUUCUGUUGGUCUCAGGGAAGGUUCUAGACCCCGGUGGGUAGAUGGAAUCCAGUGUCGGAAAACUGACACCUCUCUCUGGCAGUGUCCUUCUGAUCCUUGGAAAUACAGUUCAUGCUCUCCAAGGGAGGAAGCCUACAUCUCAUGUGCAGGAAGAAGACCCAAGAGCUGUCCAGCUGCUGCCCCCUGCACAGACAGAGAGAAGCUCCGGCUCAGGGGAGGAGACAGCGAGUGCUCAGGGCGGGUGGAGGUCUGGCACAGCGGCUCCUGGGGCACCGUGUGCGAUGACUCCUGGAGCCUGGCAGAGGCCGAGGUGGUGUGUCAGCAGCUGGGCUGUGGCCCGGCCCUGGAAGCCGUGCGGGCCGCGGCGUUUGGCCCUGGAAACGGGAGCAUCUGGCUGGACGAGGUGCGGUGCGGGGGCCGGGAGUCCUCCCUGUGGGACUGUGCUGCGGAUCCCUGGGGGCAGAGCAACUGCAAGCACGAGGAGGAUGCUGGUGUGAGGUGCUCUGGUGUAAGGAAAACAGUGUUCCCGACUGCAGCAGGGUCCAGACCAGCUUCAAGUCCUCUCCCUGGCUUCUUCUCCCUGGCUGGGGUCCUCUGCCUCAUCCUGGGGGCCCUUCUCUUCCUGGUCCUCAUCAUCCUGGUGAUUCAGGUGCUCAGAUGGAGAGCAGAGCGCAGAGCCUUAUCCAGCUAUGAAGAUGCUUUUGCUGAAGCUGUGUAUGAGGAGCUCGAUUACCUUGUGACUCAGAAGGAGGGUCUUCUGGGCAGCCCAGGCUUCCUGUCGGAUGGUGAGGACAACAAUGACUCCAGAUUCGCUCCAGGUAAUAGAGAUGGACAUGCUUCAGAAACCCCAGAUCAGAAGACCUAUGCCCUUGGUGAGGAUUAUGAUGAUGCUGAAGAGGUACCGGUACCUGGGGCUCCUCCUGCCUCUCAGGGGAGUGAGGAGGAAGUGCUCCCAAAGAAGGAAGAUGGGAUGACAUCUCAGACAGGCUCUUCUCUAAAUGUCUCUAGAGGAGAAGCUGAUCCUGGGGAAGGAGAAGAGAGCCCCUGGCUGCUCCAGGGGGAGACUGGGGACCCCGGGUACGAUGAUGCUGAACUAAGUGCCCUGGGAACAUCCACAGUGACUUUGCCAUGAUGUUGUAUUAAAUAUAAGAUUGUGCCACAGAUAUUCUAAUUGCCUGUAUCUCAAUAGAAUAGUGCUGAUCUGUGAUUG